AUGACUAGCCUUCAAGAAACUUCGUGUAGGUUUUGCCUUAAAACUGUAAUCGAUGAAAGUUUUGAAGUGAUAAACAACAUUAUCAGAGACAUUCUAGAUGUUCUUUUGCUGAAAUUGAAAUUUGAUAGCGAGGGCAAAGAGGUUAUAUGUAAUGUCUGCAGAGGAAAAUUACAUGCGGCAUUAGAAUUUAAGUCAGCUUGUCUGAAGACCGAUUACACAAUUAUUCCAUAUUUGGAUUGUGAAAAAAUGUUACAACUUGAUAUAAGAGAUGUGUAUACGACGGAAAAGACAAGCGAGUCAAUGGAUAUUUCAGAUGGUCAGAAAAUAUGUCGAUUGUGUAUGGAGCCAGUAGAUAGUGAGUUUAGGUGUAUAUGUGAAGAGGAACUUGAAGCUAUUGAGAAACUGGCUCCUGAACUGAUUAUAAACAUUGUCAAAGAUCCCGUUAUAUGUAAGGAAUGCUUUGAUUCUGUGUGCACUCACAAUAAUUUCCUUAAAGAUUGCUUAGAGUCGGAAGAAAAAAUUAAAAGUAUUUUUGAUAGUUCAGCCUCAGGAAGUCAAAUAGAUACGUCUCCAUUUGAUUUAUUCGUUAAGACUGAAAACGAGGACAAAGAAUUCGAUAUCAACGAGAUGGAAAUGUCAAUCAAAGCUGAAUGUGUUGACAUAAAAUCGGAAGAUGAGGAAAGGAGCGACUCGCUACUGCAGAGCUCCGAUAGUGAACCAUUCCAGAAGAGUGUCUUUUACAAAAUUGGAAGCGAGAGCCGUUUUAUAGCACAGAACGAUUCGGGAGUGUAUAAAUGUGAAUCGUGCGGAUAUGAAACGGAAAAUAAAAAUUUUUUUCAGAAGCACCGGUUGAGGCAUAAAGAUCGUUGUCAAGUUCGAAUGUACAGGUGUAACGACUGCGAUUACGAAACUAAAUACAAGAGUCAUAUCAAACGGCACCAAAUGAAGCAUAAAGAUCCUUCUCGGGUUCAAAUGUACAAGUGCAAGGACUGCGGUUAUGAAUCUAAGUACAGGGAGAAUAUUAAACGGCAUCAACUGAAACAUAAAGAUCCUUCUCAAGUUCAAAUGUAUAUGUGUAACUACUGCGGUUACGAAACUAAAUACAAGAGUUAUAUCAAAAGUCAUCAACUGCAGCAUAAAGAUUCUUCACAGGUUCAAAUGUACAGGUGUAACUACUGCGAACACGAAAUUGUUCCGAUAACAGAAGAGGAAGAGGAAGACGAAGAGCAAUAA